ACACGAUGUUCUAAAUACACAGGGAUUAAACUAAGUCGAUGCAUGAUCAUAACAUGGAUUUAUAUAUUAUAAAAUUAAAGAAAUCUUUCUGAAAACAAUGGGAAAAAUAAAUAUAUUUACGUAGGUAGGGUGUGUGGGCGGUCCUUGUGAAGAUUUUAUUUAUAUAUAUUCACCUUGUUUUGCUAAGACAUAGUAAAUUUAAUUCUAAACAAUACUAUAGCAAUGGAUAUUAUUAUUAGAUACGAUCAAAAGGGUCUCUAACCUUAUUGGAAAUAUAAAAUAUAAACAAUAUUAUGAAAAGAAUGUAAUAAUAAACAAACACUUGGCACAAUAUUAUAAUUUAUUAGAUUUACAUUCUCUAGUAACCAAUGAUAUUUCAUUCUCAAUAUUUAUAUUAUUAUUAUUUUCACAAGAAUAUAUUCUACAUAUUUAUUAAACAGCAAGAAAUAGUUCCAGCCAAUAAGGAAAUAUAAAUAAUAAAAAGGUUCUAAUAAGAUUCCAAACCACACAUUGUUCGUAUCUGUGCCGGCUUGAAUAACUAUACAAAUAAUGACAAAGUUAAUUAAGCCUCAAACAAAAAUUACAGCUAAAACAACUUUGUAAAGAGGGUUAGUGAUAAUAUUGGUAAAAUUACUUAUAAUAAUUAAUAACCCCAAAAUCUUUAAUAAUCAAAAUUUUCUUAAUAAUUAAUAUAUCUUUACUAAAAGACAAAACUUUCCAAAUAAAAAGAGAGAAGAAACACUCUCUCAUUUCCCCUAAACCCUUUUACAAAACUAAUCUUUAGGGGCUAUAGCAUUAGCAAGAAAGAGCAAAAGUUUACUUUCUAUCUAUACAAUCUUCAUUAUUGAAUUUUAAGGUAUCUAAUCUAGUAUUUGAACUUUAAAAUUUUUAUUUUUUAUUAUUAUUAUUAUUUUUAAUAUAAGAGAGAUAAGAAAGAAAGAAAAAGAAGCAAUGAUGAACUCCCUAUGUGGAAGCAUGGGAUCUCUAAAGAGAGAAAACUCAUGCACCACAAUACCACCAACAACAACAUCACCAAAUAGUAUUAGUGACCAAACAUCAUCAAUUUCAUCAGUACCAAAUAAGAACAUAAUCAUAACAAACAAUACUACUGAUAUACAACAACAACAACAACAUAGCAGUAGUAGUAAUAGUAUUAACUUACUGACCCCACCAAGUUUGGAUUUCUCAAAUCUGAAAUUUGAGGAGUUAGACAACAAUAUCAACAAUGAAGAUCAUCAUCAUCAUCAAGCUGUUGUUCAAUCUCCUGACAACACAAUGUGGGAUUCUAUUCUCUUCUCGGACAACCUCGAUUCGCCCGAUUUCAUGGUGAUGUCACCUGUUAGAAACAUGUCCUCGCCACAACUCUCUUCUUCUUAUAAUUACAACUAUAAUAGUUCAAUGCAGCAACAACAACAGGGCCAGAGUACUCUGCCACCCAUUUACUCAUCAUCACCACCAAGAUUAUAUUCUUCUUCUCCUCUAGGAAAUGCUUUCAAUAGUAGCACCAGCAGAGGUAGUAAAGGACUUAGUCCACUUCAUAAGGUGUUGAACACAGUGAACAAUCAAUAUAUACAACAACAGGAGCAGCAGCCAGAGACUAGCCUUGCUCUUCCGGCGAUUGAGGAGCUUUUGGAGGAUUUUAUUAAUCAGAAUAAUUCCACAACAACCUUAACUAAGUUGCAGCUUGAACGACAGCAAGAGAAGAAUCACCAACACAACAUGCACCAAAAUAAUCAUAAUAACAAUCUCAUGAUGCACCCUCCUCCUAUUGAUCAGCAUGAACAAGACAGUGGGCUUCAAUUAGUGCAUCUUCUUCUAGCCUGUGCAGAAGCAGUAUCCAAAGAGGAGUACAUGUUAGCCAGAAGAUUUCUCCACCACCUCAACACCAUUGUCACACCACUCGGUGAUUCAAUGCAACGAGUCGCCGCAUGUUUCACCGAAGCCUUAUCAGCAAGACUAGCCGCAACUCUCACCACACCUAAUUCCAUAAUAACACCCACCACCACCACCACCACCUCAUCCAACUCAUCAAAAUCUUUCAACCCUUUUCCCCCAAACUCUUUAGAAGUCUUAAAAAUAUACCAAAUAGUCUACCAAGCUUGUCCCUACAUAAAAUUCGCUCAUUUCACAGCCAAUCAAGCAAUCUUCGAAGCUUUCGAGACCGAAUCACGUGUCCACGUCAUCGAUCUCGACAUACUCCAAGGAUAUCAAUGGCCAGCAUUUAUGCAAGCCUUGUCAGCACGAUCAGGUGGGUCCCCAUUUCUCCGAAUAACAGGGGUUGGAUCGUCCAUUGACUCGGUUCGAGAAACGGGUCGUUGCUUGACCGAGUUGGCUCACUCACUCCAAGUCCCUUUCGAAUUCCAUGCCGUUGGGGAACAACUCGAACACCUCGAACCCCACAUGUUCCACCGCCGAGUCGGCGAGGCAUUGGCGGUCAACUCGGUCAACCGUCUCCACCGUGUUCCGGGCAAUUGUCUUGGAAAUUUACUAGCCAUGAUUAGAGAUCAAGCUCCGAAUAUAGUGACUUUGGUUGAACAAGAAGCGAGCCACAACGGACCCUAUUUUUUAGGCAGAUUUCUCGAGGCUUUGCAUUAUUACUCGGCGAUUUUUGACUCGUUGGACGCGACUUUUCCAGCCGAGUCACCUCAGAGAGCUAAGGUUGAGCAAUACAUUUUCGCGCCUGAGAUUCGGAACAUCGUGGCUUACGAGGGUCCAGAGAGAAUUGAGAGACACGAGAGGUUGGAUAAAUGGAGGAAAUUGAUGGAAGGGAAAGGGUUCAAAGGGGUUCAACUGAGUGCGAACGCGGUGACUCAGUCAAAGAUAUUGCUUGGACUUUACUCUUGUGAAGGUUAUAGGUUGACUGAAGAUAAUGGUUGCUUGCUCUUAGGGUGGAUGGACAGGCCUCUCAUCGCAGCUUCUGCAUGGCGAUGUUGAUGAUAUAGGUCUUACGUUAAAUACACAAUUUAGUAUCGGGUCACAAUAGGGCUCUCAUCGUUGCUUCUACCGGGGGAUGCUGAUGGAUUUAUUGCUAAAAAGUAUCUGUGGUGUGGAACAUUACUCAUCUUUCAUAUUAAUUCAAUUUAGUAUCGGAUCAAUAUGAUUCGAUACUUAAUUGCAUUAGUUGAUGAUUCAAUUUAGCUUAUUUAUCACUUAUUAGUGGAUUUUGUUUUUACAUUUCUGGUACGUGUACGGGGUACGUGUUGAUUUGGAUUAUAUGCUCUAUUUGAAGAUAUUUAUAGCUAUUAUAUAUGUGAGAAUUGUUUUGUACAAUUAAUAUUAAAUAU